AGCCAGCAGAGACAAAACAACACAACACACACAACAGUGUUGCACUUCCUUCAUCUCUGACAUACACACUCACACUCGCACACACUCUCCUACCCGCUAUAACGUGACAGCUAUAUAGCGUGACGUGUAACUUCUACAAAUUCUACUAGGUCUUUAGGAGAAUAUUUCACACACCCUCGAGUGUAACACAGGAUUACUGCAGAGAUCAGAACAGACAGGAGUAUAGAUAUGUAUGACAGUUCCAGAGAUGACGAUUCAACGGAAGCUGAAUAUGCAAACUGGGAACCCCAUCUCCAGAACCAAAACGAGCAGGGACGUCAACCCUCAGGGAGCCGCAGCAGAGGGAUGAAAGAGCCACUUGCGGCUCCGGAGCCGCGGGUUGUCGACCCCUGGUCUAACCCCACUGUAGGAGGCGAUGGGAGACGGAGCAGAUAUUCCAGGUUGUUGGCAGUGUUUGCAGUGUGUGUAGCACUGCUGUGUGUUCUCCUGCUGAGCUUCACUAUAGUCCAGUCUGUAAAACUCAACAAUAUGACCGGAGAAAGAGACGAGUGGAAGAUCAGUUAUUAUAAGGUGAGUGUUAAGAGAGACCAGCUUCACAGUGAGAGAAACAAGCUUCAGGCUGAGAGAGACCAGCUUCAGUCUGAGAGAGACCAGCUUCAGUCUGAGAGAGACCAGCUUCAGGGUGAGAGAGACCAGCUUCAGUCUGAGAGAGAUGAACUGCAGAAGUGGAGUAAGAUGUGGAAUUAUACCAUCCAUCACAGUCUAAAGUAUUUCACCACAAAUGAGACGAGCUGGAGCAAAGCUAGAGAGGAAUGCAGAUCGAAAGGAGCCGACCUGGUGAUCAUCAACAGCCGAGAAGAACAUGAAUAUAUCAGUGGAGUAUUUGCUGGUGAGGCUUGGAUUGGUCUACAUGACACUGUUCAGGAAGGGAAGUGGAUGUGGGUGGAUGGUACAGAAGUGACCACAAAGUUUUGGAGAAAAGGAGAACCUAAUAUCUACGGUGGAAUUGAGGACUGUGCUGCAACUGGCAGCAAAUAUGCUAAAGCUGAACUUACAACAUGGGCUGAUUAUUCAUGUGAAACUGUUUUCCAGGCGAUUUGUGAAAAAAGGGCAAAUAUUUAGAGCAGAAAUCUGUUUUAUCUCGAAAAAAAUCAUUUUUUUUUUAUCAGGGUCAACAAAGCCAUGGUAAAAAGAAAAUCUUGCAGGAGAGUGAUUAGAUUUUUAAAGUAAAUAAACUGAAAUCAAUAAAAUCUAAUUCUGCAAUCUAAAUGAAAGGAAAGGGGAAGAAUAAUUGGGAUGUGUGGCAUACCAGCAAAUGAGAAAAUACAGUGGAAAAAAAAAAGCCAGAUGUUAGGUUAGUUUCAGGUUUUUUGUGCAAGACCUAUGUAAAUAAGCCAGAUGUAGUUGGGCUGCACAUUUCUUUGUGACUAGGCAACUCUGUUUUUCCCACAAUCGACAAAUUUUGAAUUUUAAAAAGAGGUUUUUUAAAUCAGGUUUCCUAUGUCAUCAUCACACAUUACUUUUUUACUUCUGUGCUUUUUGCUUGAGCUUCUCACUAAAUGAUGAGUUGAUAUUACCGCGCUGAGAGUUCGGCUCUAACUGCACCAUAUGCUUUUAAACUCCCUUUUCCCCAGAAGCCAAAAUAUUUUAGUUUUCUCCUGUUUUGUUGGUGAUUAUGUUGAUCAUUGAAUAUCUUUGUCAUGUCUCACUCCACACUGGUGUUAAUAUGAAGCUUGUAUAAAAGUAGACACUCAGAACUUUAACAAUUUGUACAAAAUGAAAGUUUUUUUACACUAUGGUAGAGCAUGAGUAUGUAGUGGAUUAAAAAGAUCAAUAUGAUUAACUUUAAUAACUAUUAUCAGUUUGUUAACUGCAACAUAAAGAGUGCUAAGUCAAAAUGAUUAAUUCAUGUGAUGUUUAUUAUUGUUCUAAUUCUGUUGGUUAACUAAAAAUUAGAUGUUGUUGGGGGGGUAUGGAAUUUUCAAGGUAUGGAAUUUUUAUUAAUGUCUUCCUUGUCAUAAGUUAAGAUUGCACAUUAGUUUGUAAUGCUUUUUAUUUUGGACGUGCUUAGAAUGUGAGGUUUAAUGUAGUCCAUGUUAUUUUGUAUUUCAUGUUUAACUUGUUUACUGAUAAUGGGCUACUGAAAUAUUGUUUAAAUAGUUAUCCCAUUGAGAUAAAAAUUCUCUUCUACCAGGGAGACCUUUAAAAUUGAGAAGUUAUGAAGAUGUAACCAAAGAAGUCUUUAUAUGACAGUAUUGUGACUGUGAUACAUCUGCAUCUCUUAUCUAGACUGGAUAUUAAUGUGAUGCUUUACGUCUGGAAAUGAAUGUCUUGUUGUGUGCAUUCAAUUUAAUGUUAUAUGAGAUAUGCUGAAAGAAAGAAAAUACACAGCCAAUACAGCUCAGCAUGCAGACAACA